AUGAGCCGAGCGGCGGGCGGCUGGGAGAUGGAGGCGCUGCGGGGCGAGUCGGGGGGCGGCAGCGGGCAGUGCCGCAACUUCCUCUCGGCGCCCGUCUUCGGGGCCGCGCCGUCGGGGCGCCAGGCCGGCGCGGCGGGCUUCGGGUACGAGCGCUCGGCGGCCGGGGCGGCGGGGGCGCGCUCCUCGUCCUCCUCCUCGGAGGCGGCGCCGGCCAAGGACUGCUCCGGCGGGGCCCCGACGGCGGCCCCCUCCUCCAGCGCCGCCGCCGCCGCCGCCGCCGCCGCGCUGGGCUACCACCCGGGCUACCACCCCUUCGGCAACGGCUACUACAGCUGCCGCAUGGCGCACGGCGUGGGGCUGCAGCAGAACGCCGCCCUCAAGGCCUCGCCCCACGCCGCCUUCCCCGGCGAGAAGUACAUGGACGUGGCGGCCCUGGCCGGCACCAGCGUGCCCUCCGGCGGCGACCCGGUCUCCUCGCGGGCCAAGGAGGUCUCCUUCUACCAGGGCUACGCCGCCGCCGCCGCCGCCAGCCCUUACCAGCACGUGCCCGCCGGAUACCUGGACGUGGUCUCCACCUUCGGCUCGGCCGCGGCGGCGGGGGAGCCCCGCCACGAGACCUACAUCUCCAUGGAGGGCUACCAGUCGUGGACGCUGGCCAACGGCUGGAACGGGCAGGUGUACUGCGCCAAAGACCAGGCCCAGGGCUCCCACUUUUGGAAAUCCUCCUUCCCAGGGGACGUGGCGCUAAACCAGCCGGACAUGUGCGUGUACCGGCGAGGGCGCAAGAAGCGGGUGCCUUACACCAAGCUGCAGCUGAAGGAGCUGGAGAGCGAGUACGCCGUCAACAAGUUCAUCAAUAAGGACAAGCGGCGGCGCAUCUCGGCGGCCACCAACCUCUCCGAGAGGCAGGUGACCAUCUGGUUCCAGAACCGCCGCGUCAAGGACAAGAAGAUCGUCUCCAAGCUGAAGGACACCGUUUCCUGAUGGG